CUCACUGACAGUGUUAUGAGAACAUUGGUCUCCAAUGGCAAAGACGCCCUCCGGCUAUUAUUCCAAGCUGCCAUCGAACAUGUCAAACAAGACGGAACGACGCCCAGCAAUCCCCCUUCAGUUUCACGACACCCGCUCCACCCAGGCGCCGAGAUAGUGACCCCACAGACAACUGCAUCUAUGAGAACUUCAAGACCGAUCUAUCUAUCGCCAGCAUCACCCGAUGCAUUAACAGUUUGGCGAGCUUUCCGGUUCGUCAAGAUGGGAUGGUUCACAGCUGAAGAGGCAGUUACUUGUGCCUACAUGUCGACAGAUCCGUGGCUAACCAUGGUGGACCAUGUCCCUCUUAACAGGUUCCAACACAACCUGGCACCUCUUUCCUUGGUAUCCAAAGGACUUGACUUGAACCAAGACAAUCACUACAAGAUCAUCACUCAAGAGCCUCUUCUCUGUUGUGUGAUUCUUAUGAUUUCCUCCAGAUAUCACAUCCUGCAGGGUGCUAGUGGCAUUACUCGGAGUACUCUCGUGCACCACCGGCUAUGGGAGCACUGUCAGUACCUUGUGAUGAGGAUCAUCUUUGGGCAAGAAAAGCGAUCCAAAGCCAAGACAAGGACGAGAGGAUCAAUCGAGGCUCUGCUACUCAUUAUUGAAUGGCACCCGCAAGCAAUUCACUUGCCACCUGCCGCAGAUGGCUGGGACUCUUCCCUUCUCCUCUCAUUUCCGGAUCCUCGAGAUGAUCAGUUCGGGAAUCAAGCAGAUGCCACUGACGACAACGAUGCUUUAUGGCUUCGUGACGUUAUUCUCCCUGCAAAGACCUCGGACCGUAUGUCUUGGAUGCUUCUAGGAUGCGCACAAUCCUUGGCCCUCGAGUUGGGGGUUUGCGAUACAAGCGACUCAGGAUCCAUCCAGCCUCCAGGCCUUCAAGCCCAACAGACACGCCUGCGCGACCUUCUUUACAUCUUUUUGGAACAGCAGUCUAGUAGACUGGGAUGUCCUUCCAUGAUGCCUACGUCUAUCUCCCGCUUCAUGUCGGAGCGCUCACAGGGGGGGCAAGAUGACUCGGCUAGCGUCAAUGCCUGGCUCAACCUUACCAGCCUCUCAAGAACUAUCAUCGACGUGCUCUGUCCGUCAGCAACGGCCAUUCGGGAGAUCUUGAGCAGUGGCAGAUACGUAAACAUCAUCAAGCACUUCCAGCAACAGUUGGCGGCGUGGAAAGCCACUCACCUUCGUCGAGAAAACCUAUCAGCACAUGCAUACGAAGACCUCUCAAUCGAGUUCAACUACCACCGCGCUUUCAUGAACUCACUGGGGAUACAAGCCGUCGUUGAUCGCGUCCUCGGCGGGAGACCUCCCAGUUCCAUCAAUACCGACAUUUUCCAAUCUUCCAUCACAGCGACCGACUAUUCUUUCAUCAGAGAGGUGAUUGACGGCUCUUGCCAGGCUCUUGAGUCGAUCAAUCGGCUUUCAGAGGCUGGCACACUCCGAUACUGCCCUGUCAGGGUUUUUCUACGCAUCAUUAUGGCUUCCAUCUUUUUAUUGAAGGCUCUUGGUCUGGGAAGCCGCACGGCGGACCUGGAGGCUUCCCUGAACGUUUUGGAGAGAAGUAUUGAGGCACUAAAAGCGAGUAAUCUGGACGAGAUGCACCUCGCCUCCCGUUACGGAGAGUUACUUGAGAUGCAUCUGGAGAGAUUUAGGCAGGGAAUGGUCCCAACAUCUAUCCCAAGAGGCAUCCCUCUGGUUGAUGAAAGCACUCAGUGGACUUUCGACAACGGUGUCCCGCAAGGAGACAGCUUGGGAGACGUGCCAAUGCCUGCCGUCGAUGACUGGUUGGCGCUCCCUUUUGAUCCAAGCAUUGCGCCGUUUGGGUUUUCUAAUGAUACACCUGAGCUUGCCGAACAAGAGGACAGGUCUUGGGAUUUUCUAUGGAGUUUGCCAAACGUGUGA